ACUGCCUCAGAAGCCUCCUCCCACCGAGGGGCCCCGGGGAGGAGCGCAGCGCAACGGUCUAGAAAAGUUGGAGUGCGCGGACGGGGCGGGGCAGCAGCCUGGGCCCAGCUGUAGGAGCAGUCCCAGGACCCGGCGCAGCUGUAUCCCGUGCAGCAGCCCGGGCCGGGCCGCCCGGGCAGCCCGCCUUCGCGGUUGGCAGAACUCCUCUGGGGCGGAGGGCGUGGGCUUCUCCGCGGCCCGUCCGCCCGGAUUUGGGACGAGGGCGGGGACUGGGCCAGGGGCGGCCCCGGCUCCCUUUGUCCUGCGGCAGAGCUCCUCCCGGGCCCGAGGAGAAGCCGGGCUCGGCUGGGCUGGGCUGUCCUAAGCUACGCUGCUGCGCCUGGGCUGAGCUGAGCUGAGCUGAGCUUCCGAGGCCGGAGCGGAGCGGCGGCGGCGUCCCAGGCUGGCCGGGAUGGGGGCCCGUGGCCGUCCGCUCUGCUUUUGGCUUUGGCUCUGGUUGCUGCGGGGCCCCGGAGGGCCACUGACCGCCGGGCCGACCCGAGCCCAAGCCGAGGAGCAACCCUCCUGCAGCGGCGCCUUUGACCUCUACUUCGUGCUGGACAAAUCUGGAAGCGUUGCACAAAACUGGAUUGAGAUCUACGAUUUUGUUAAACAGCUUACUGAAAGAUUUGUGAGCCCUCGAAUGAGAUUAUCUUUCAUAGUGUUUUCUUCCCAAGCGACCACUAUUUUGCCAUUAACAGGAGACAGAACAAAAAUCACUGAAGGCUUAAAAAAUUUAAAAAAUGUCAAGCCAGCAGGAGAGACAUAUAUCUAUGAAGGAUUAAGACUGGCCAAUGAACAAAUUAAGGAUGCAGGGGGCUUGAAAACCUCAAGUAUAGUAAUUGCACUGACUGAUGGCAAGUUGGAUGGCUUGGUGCCCAUUUAUGCAGCCAAAGAGGCAAACCUAUCAAGGACCCUCGGGGCUAGAGUUUAUUGUGUUGGAGUUCUUGAUUUUGAUCAAGCCCAGCUCGAAAAAAUUGCUGAUGCCAAAGAUCAAGUAUUCCCUGUCAAAGGAGGAUUUCAAGCACUUAAAGGAAUAAUUAACUCUAUACUAGAAAAAUCAUGCACAGAAAUACUGGACCUGAGACCAUCAAGUGUCUGUGUGGGCCAGGAAUUUCAAAUUGUGCUGACAGGAAGAGGGUUUGUAGUGGGCAGAAGUGAAAACAGUGCUUCAUGUACCUUUACUGUGAAUGAAACAUACACCAUCAGUGUAAAACCAGUAAGUGUGCAGUCGAACUCUAUGCUCUGUCCAGCACCUGUCCUGCAUGAAGUUGGAGAAACUCUUGAGGUUUCUGUGAGUUUGAAUGAAGGGAAAUCUGUCCUCUACAGCUCGUUGACAGUCACAGCUACAGAAUGUUCCAAUGGAAUCGCAGCAGUCAUUGCUAUCUUGGUGCUACUACUUCUGGUGGGCAUUGGCUUAAUGUGGUGGUUCUGGCCCCUUUGCUGCAAAGUGGUUAUCAAAGAUCCUCCUCGACCACCACCACCACCACCACCACCCAAAGAGGAAGAAGAACCACUGCCUAACAAAAAAUGGCCAACAGUAGAUGCUUCCUAUUAUGGAGGUCGAGGAGUUGGAGGAAUUAAAAGAAUGGAGGUUCGUUGGGGUGAUAAAGGCUCUACUGAAGAAGGUGCAAGGUUAGAAAAAGCCAAAAAUGCUGUGGUGACAAUUCCUGAAGAAACAGAAGAACCUGUCAGGCCUAGACCCCCUCGGCCCAAACCUACAUACCAGGCCCCUCAGACAAAGUGGUACACUCCAAUCAAGGGCCGGCUUGAUGCACUCUGGGCUUUGUUACGUCGGCAGUAUGACAGAGUUUCUUUAAUGCGACCUCAGGAAGGAGAUGAGGGUCGAUGCAUAAACUUUUCCCGUGUUCAAUCUCAGUAAGAAAGAAGACAGGAAAAACAGAAGGUACGAAGAUGGAGCUCUGUCUCUCUACCAGUUUCCAAACAAAUGAAGAUCAUGAAGCAAUUUUUUUUCAUUACUUGGAAAAGCAGCUUAAUGCCUCUCAGCCUAGAUUGUUCUUUGGUGAUUUCUCAUCUUUUCAGAUUUCACAAGCCAGCCUUGCUUGCACCAAGCUGUUUCAGUCACUUGUUCCACCAUCUAGGUAGGAGUCCAUUACGACAUAGUGGUAACCCAUGAUGAAUGGCAGUGGAAAUGAAGAGGAACAUUAAUUUGCAAGCAGCAUUUUGACAGAAAAUCCAGUAUUUAUAUGUAAAGAGAGGGAAAGCCAUAACAGAGGAAACAACAUACCGUGAAGAUGUUAUCUACCACAAAAGAAUUGGCCAUGGUGUAUCAUUAAUAGAGAAGUAAGUCUUCUCCGAUGGAAACAUGGCACUUGUAAUUAAUAUAGAGAGAUUGUUAGCCAUAGGCAGAAGGUAUGGAAGAGUCCCACCAGGCUAAGCAAAUUGAAAAGUUCAUUCAUUGCCUUAUAGCGAUGUCAUAUCAUAAAAUCCUUGUGAGUCCCCUAUCACAGUGUGCCUUUCGGGAAGUUUCUGACUGGAAAAUCUUGUCAUUUUAACACUGAGAAGUGCACAUGCAUGACAAAAUGUAGACAGGAUGCCUUAAGGUAUUGGUAGCAAGGAAGACUUUGCCCUUUAGUUUUCGAAGACACCUUUCUUUCAUUAUGCACCCGGGACAAGAAGAAAAUUAAUAGAGCGUUAUCCUCUAGGAAGACAGCCCCGUAACCAAAGAUAUCGAGCAGAUUUUGAGAGACUGGUGCUUCAAGUCCUUGACACUGUGGCUGGGAGAUUUUUUUCCCCUUUUUCUAUUUUUAGAUUUUAAUAAUUCUUGUAUCAUUUUCCUCUAUAACAUACCUGGCUGAUCCAGGCUUAUACAUUAGGGUAGGUUUUUCCUUCAAAUUUAAAAGAAGGGGUUGCCUUAAAGCUAGUAUCUCAGGGUCCCCCCUUCAAAUCUCCAAGGGCUCUUCAGCGUCACAAGCCAGCAAUUCUCUUUGCAUGAGAAUUUCAAAGUUUAAUUAAUAUAAUUAAAGGCAACAGCAAGCAGCAGCCUGUGAAGAUUUUGCUCAUCUUUUUUAUGCCUUUUGACAUUGAAUGACCUAUUACUAUAUGCGCAUUACUUGGAUUUUGAGGGGCACUCUACAUUGGUUUUGAUUCAGCAGUCAAAAAAGACCUCCUCUCCUCAACUUAUAAGCAAAAUUUUCAAGAGCGUUAGCUAUCACAAUUCAUUGACAAUGUAUGUAUUAUAAUUUUUUUAGAAAAACCAUCGUCAUGUCACGGUGACGAUGCCAAAUUAUGUUAGUGUGAGCAGAAACACUGUGGGGGAGGAAGAAGGGAGCAGCUGAAGAAAAAGACUCAAAUGAUCCAGUCACUUUUGAUACUGUACUUCAGAUGCAAAAUGGAUAUUCGAGUCGAAACCUGACAAAGCGCGCCUGCUUUGAUGUGAACUGGUAUAGACAAUGACCAGUGGCUGGGUCAGUGGGAUGUCUCUCUGUGAGCAGAGAAGCUUAUCAAAUGACACUAAAAAUAAGUUCAACAACCAUCACAUGGCGGGGGGAGGGCGCAGGCGAACACUUCCCGUUGGGUGGGCACGCUGCAUGCGCGAGAUGGAAACAGCGAUGUGGAGCAUCCUGUUCUCACCAUCCCUUUGUGCUCAUCGUGGAAAUUUCAAGGGAUAUGAAUGAUUCCCUUGGUCAGUCUCCAAACUGGUGGCACUGCUCAAAGACGCCAUAUCUAUAUAUCUAUAUGCCUAUAUAUGGAGAUAUAGAUAUCCAUCGCCUUUGCUUAAAUUUCUUGCUUGAGUUUAUUUCUGUCACUGGCUGAAGCCAAGCCAUGUGUGCAAGUAUUUCAUAAAUAAAAGUUUUACCUAAGCCUAUCUGACAACUUUCUUUUGGUCCACUGAAGGAAUGUGCCUUGUUUCAGUGCAUUUAAAGUUGUAUUUUGUAUCUGAAUGUAGUAGUGCUCUCCACGUGCGGAGGGUUGACCAGAAAAAGGAUCAUGUGACCUGUCCAUACCUGUAUAGUUAUCAGCCUGUGAUUUGGAGUUGUAACUGUGGUUUUAGGGUCUAUCACUGUUGUCACUUCUGCCUCUUCAGUUUACCUUUGGCUGGAAUGAGCCAGUCCUCACUAGAUUUACUUACCAGUAUACUGUCUUUUGAACUUCAGGAAGGAAUGUUAGUGAUGUCAAUGCAAGAGGUUGAUGAUUCUUUGAUGUUGGCUUUAAGUUUGUCUAAUAAUAACAUGUUUAUAAAAUGGUGGGUGAACAAUGUACAUAGCCCCCACCCCAAUGACAAGUGGCUUUUCAUAAAUUGUCAUGCAAAAGGAUUUUGAGCUUGAUAGCACUUCCUGGAGUACUUUUUGAAGAAAAGAGGCAAUAGUCUAGUCCUAGAUUAAAAAAAAAAAGAAGAAUUCAUAAGGGCUUGAAUAAAACUCUGCUUAGUGAUAUACCAGAUAUUAGAAUUUCUCAGGUAAUGUUUAAAAUAAAAAUCAUACAUUUUGGAAGCAGUAUUCUUUCCACAAAGAGAGCACACCAAAGUAGAACAGAUUAAAACCUUCUACAACAUCAAAGGCUUAGGAUAACAGGGAUAAAUCUUAUGAGUAUUAGAAACAAACAUAGCAUUACCUGGAAUAUAAUGCAUUUUAAGAACACUUUAAUGGAAUGUGUUUAAGAGGCUCUGUCCUAAUUGGAUGAUUAGAUAUUUUCAGAACUUUUAGUCACCUCUAACAUGUACAAGUCACCAAAAGCUGACAGUGAUCAGGGAGAAAAAUAUUAUUUUUAGCAUACACAUCAUGCAUGCAGUUUUCCCCUCUUAGAGGAUAUAUUUGUAAAGAUGCUCACAAUUACAGUAUAACUAUGUCUUAAACAAUCAAUAAAAUUCUGUAUUUAUUUCAUGCAUGAAAAAGAAGAAAAUCUGCUUUAUUUACUGGACAUGAUGUCAAUCCAAUGCUAUUUUCUCAGCAUAUACCAAUAAACCCAUAUCCAUUAUCCCAAUUGUGUUGCAUAAGGUGGUAAAAACAAUUAAGUGGGAAAUGACUCUUAACUUAUGUGUCUACUCUGCCUAGAUAGAAAGUUUUGAAGGCAUCUAUAUAUAUUUCAUAACAGUGUCUGUUCUUUAUGGAUUUAAUCCAUAAAUAUUUAUCUAUCUGAAAACUUUGAUACUUGGAAUGUUUUCCUUGAAGCAUUUGGUGCUCAGAGGGAGGAAAAAAAAAACAUUUGGUGCUAAGCAUUGCACACUGAUUCCUUUCCCCAAGUUUAUUCUAUUUUAAAAAAGUUAUAUUUUGUUUCCAAUGAGAUGCAGAAUAAAAUUUGAGGACUUCCAUUAAGCAGGGAACAGCAUCUGUCAUCCAUGGAAAGUUCCUGUUUUGGCAAAAUAGACAAUAUGAGUUUUACAGUCUCUCCAAAUGAAGAUGGUAGAAAAUUAAAUGAUUUGCUUUGAUUACCCACUGUACCCUUUAUCCAUACAUAAUUUUAAGCCAUAAAUUAUUUAAUAAAGUUUUUUCUAUAAUAAA